CAAGUUACCAACCAUUGGGAUAGUUAUUUCUCCGUGCAAAAAUGGAUGCCGCAGCCGAGGUGAGAUAGCUUUAAUAACCUUCUCGCAGCUUGAAAUUGAGUAAAAAAUAUAAAAUAACUACAUCCAUGCAACUUCCAAAAUCCAAUAGUUUAGUUAAAUACUCACGCCCAAUAAUAAAUAAAUAACUAGUUGAUAAAUAACAUCUAAAACAAUGCUCUCCCUCUCCACCCUUCUCCUGCCCUUCCUCUCCAACCUCUCCCUCCCCCCACCCCAGACCAUCGGCCUCGUCAACGUCUCCCUCCCCCUUCUCGUCCUCUCGGAGCGCUACUCCUUCUACCCAGGCAGCUACAUCUUCAAACUCCUCUCCUCCGCCGCCUUCCUCGGCGGGCCUCUCUACUACCUAGCACCCUCUUCUUCGCCCUGGCAAUGGCAACAAUUGAACCCGUACCACCUCCGCAUCGCUGCGGGUCUCGUCUUCUCCGCCAUCGGUGACUUCUGCCUCAUCCCCACCCGCACGGAGUACUAUGAUAAGCACAUCGGGCCCCUGGUCGCGUACAAAAAGAAGGACGAGGCGGAGGAAGAAAAGGAUGCCGACGAGCCAAAGAAACUCUCCACCUCCUUUCAAGCCGGCGUCGGCGCCUUCGCCGCCGCCCACGUCGCCUACAUCCUCGCCUUUUUGAAAAACAGCACCGCCAUCUCCUGGCCAAUCUUCACCGGCACCUUCGCCGUCUCCAUGGUACUCUCCAAGUGCCUCGGCGUCAUCUACCCGCCCAAAAAGAACAAGAACAACAAUGCAGAUCUCCUGAGCGGCAACCUGCUCAACCUCUCCAUCUCGGACGACAUGCGCCCGCUCGUCUUUGGCUAUUCGGCUAUCAUCAGUGGGAUGUUGGCUGUUGCCGCAUCGACGACUGCUGGGGUUAGCGCUGCGCCGCCGCACCAGCGCCUGCUGGGCGCCGCGAUGUUUGUUGCGUCUGACAUCUUUGUGGCGAAGGAUUCGUUUGGGAGGCGCAAGGCGGGGAAUCCGGGGUGGUUGAAGCCGGCUGUUGGGUUUGGGUUGUAUUUCUGGGCGCAGAUGUUGAUUGUGGGGACUCUAUGAGGGGGGCAAGGGGUAGGUUUUUUCAUUUCCAUGGGUGAGAGGGGGUGGGAAAGGGGGGAUGAUGACAUAUGAUGAAUGAGAAGAUGACGGUGAAGAUUAAUUAGGAGGGAGAUGAGGCGGGUCCCUUGUCUAGAUAAUUGCCGUCUUACGCUGUAUACGCACGCGGUCUACCUGUUUCUCUGUACUCGAUACCUGUACAGUCUAUGCACAUACAUAACUCAAGAGAUAUAAGUGGAUAAAAUUCAUAAUGGGUCCUCAAGCGCGUAAUUAGCAGGUUUUUCGAACAUGCACAUCCCAAGUUUUCCUACCAUGGAGGAAAUGACCAAAGCAAUCUCCAAGCGCCAAAACCUAUGAGCAAUCAUACUUCAUGCAACUCGGACAUAGACUGUACAUGAUACAAAGAACCUAGAAGCCAAUCGGUUUCCAAGUGAAGAACCCCCAAUCCCCAAGACUCCAAACAUCAAAAGACCAACCAAACAGAACAGAACCACUCUAAACCGCCUAAACCGCUCGUCAGAAAUCCCCUCCCCCAAAGUCUCCCCCUCCUCCGAAGUCUCCCCCUCCGAAAUCUCCCCCUCCAGAAUCAUCCGCCGCCACCCCAUCCGCGUACCCUUCUUGAUAAUCAUGAUGAUCACCAAUCGCAUUCGCCAACAUCGCACCUCCCAACAAGCCGCCCCCAAGGCCCAGCGCUGCAGCUCCGCCAGGUCCUAUGCCUCCCAUCCCCCUACGCUGUCUUGGUCGCUGGCCGUACAUAUAUGGUUGCUGCGGGCCGUACAAGCCAGCACCUCCGGCUGGGUAUCCGCUAUAUCCAUAUGGUGCAGAGUAGGGGCGCUGGUAUUGCUGCUGCUGCUGCUGCUGCUGUUGUUGGUAAGGUUGCUGGUGAUGAUCUGGGGAAGCAAACCCACUGCCGGUACCGCUGCUGGUGCCAUGGUGGACUUUGGAGGAGGCUUUGCUGAUUAGUUUCCCGAGAAAGCCACUGCCGCUCCUGGACCUGGAUUUUUUUGUUUCAUGUGACGGUGGUGAUAGUGUCUGUGAUUGUGGUUGGGGACUGCCUGCAUACGUCUGCUGGCCUUGGUCCCGCCCCUGCCAUGCUCGCUCAUCCUCUUCCGCCUGCAAUUUCGUAGCUAACUUCGCAUCUUCAGCUAUCAUCUUGUCAUCUAUACUUGUAUGAGUCUCCGGUCCCGAAGAAUUCCGCUGCCGCGCGGGAUUAUACGGGUUAUUAGAUCUUAGUUCUAGUGGUGUGGAGGCGGAGGGGGAGGCGGUAGCUGUCUUUUUCAUAACGUCUGUUGCAGCUUCUGCGACUGUGGUAGCGGAGGUAGGGUCAAUGGGCGUUGCUGUGGCUGCUUCGUCAUAUGAGGGUGGAAGUGUAUCAGGGAGUGGAGGCGGUUCCCACUGUGAGACUCCCGUUUUUAGGUUGAUGUAGAACCUGUGAUUUUCGCAGUUUGGUGUUAGAGGAACUAUUUUGCUUCUGCGGGAAGGAGGCGGGGUUUCUUUUCCGUUGUGCCCUGUAGAAUUGCAAUGAGAGAUAAGACGUACCAUUCCUUAUACCGGUCGUCGAACUGCGUUUUCCAGCCGUCUGGAACGGGGGGAGGUGGAGGGGUGGAUGGGGAGGCAAAUGACAUGCUAAGUGAUCGAUGCUCCAAGAGAUCGGAUGGAUAGCUUUAUGAUGCGAUGUGAUGUCUGUUUGACAGCACGGGAAAAUGUUCAAUCAUUCAACGCGGGCAUCUCACGUAUUCUGUCGUUCUUAGAUCCUUCGGAAAUGUCUGUAUGUUCGUUCCUAUUUAAUGGCCGAUAGAUGAUCUGAUCGUGAGUUCUCAGGCAAAUAUGUAAUGGAAUGGAAAUGAAUUAGGGCUUGGGAUCCAAAUGCGGCAAUCGGCAGGCGGGAACGGCGAUGACGUAAUGUUGUCUUCCUCGUUCACGGCUCAGCCAUAAUUCGUGCCUAUUAACAUUAUUGACCAUCGACUAGGAAGUACAUCUGUUAUUUAGAAAAGAAAUAAUAGCUAGCCAGGAAUAGACGAACCAAAGCUUCUUUACAGCCAAGAUAGCUAUCUAGGUAUGGUAUGUUGCGGAAGUUUUCAAUUUUCCCCUUCCAGAUUAGUUAAGGCGAGACUGGAUUCCUCUCAAUCAUCCACAGCUCCCUGACCAUCCUCAUUUUCCCCACCAGUCACUCACCUCAAGGCAACAUGUUUAUUUCUGUCAAGUUUUCACAAUGAAGUGGCUGCCCCUGCUUUAGCCAGCAGCAAUGGACUCUCAUAUACUCAAAUCAAAAAAGAGGUGGCAGGAUGAAAAGAUGUCAGACACACAAGAACUACUGAGACCACAAAAGGAGAAAUUUCAACAGGCCAGCAUAUUCAAAAUUGUCCAGCUCUGUACAGAAGGUCUUGAUUAGAGCAGCAUUAUUUAAGCCAGUAUGUCGGGCUUAUAACACAUCUAUCCCCAAUUUUCUAGGUUUGUUCACCAGUUCCAUUGUACGCAAGGUUCUUAUACAUCAUCUCACCUCCUCCGCGCCGCCGAUCCGCCCUCUCUCCCGCUCGCAGCCGCUUUCACUGUCGAGUCUAGAGCAGCCAUGGGUCCCUGACUCGUCCCGGCCAUCCAACCAGCAAGGUCAAACCCGCCCGCUCCGGCUCCAGCUCCGGCUCCAGGCCCCGCUCCGCGGAUAGCAUUGGCGCCAGCCCCCGCCCCUGCCUUUGCGUUUAUAUCACCAAUCGCGGCUGUUCGCCCUUUGCGGGAAUGUCUCUCGAACUCCGCCCGUGUCUCUGGGUCCACUUUAUUUUUAAGGUUAAUUAGUUGACUGUGCAUUACUCGUGGGGUGGAAAGGGCUUCGAAUAACAGAAGAAGGCAGACGUACUCAUAUCCAUAAGAUAAGGCAUUCCAACCGUCACAGCAAGAGCAAAUACCACGAGUAGAAUCAUCGGGUUCUUGAACAGGCUCAACGGCGAAACUGUGUAAAAAUACAAUUAGUAAUUUUGAUCGCAAUGCUUCGAGCGACUUAGUCU